GAAAAAACUGGGAAAACUUCAGUACCACAAAUAUUUUUUAAUGAGACAUAUGUGGGUGGUAAUGAUAAUCUGCAGAAAAUUGUGAAAGAUGAGGAAGAAUGGGGUAAGCUAAUAGCUGAUAUCCAAACUAAUGAAGCCAAAGAAGAUGCACUUAUUAUUCCUCAUCCCUCAGAGGCUACUGAUAGAAAUGAUGCUGAGAUGAAGUUUGUGUGUGAGAGUGAUCCAGCAGCAUUGACUGUAGAGGAAUUACGAGCUUCUGGAAUUCUGCGUGACCACCGCAACUCAUUCUUCUCUAGUACAAAGAAUGUUUGCUCAGGCCAAGAAUUUAUUACAUGGCUAAUGAAAGAAAAGAACAUUAAUAGUACUAUUAGUGCAUUAUAUGGAGGGCUUACUGGUUUCCCUUUGAAUGCUGCUUUUGAAAUUUCAUUGCUCAUGCUUGAUGGACUUGUUUGUGACAGCCUGAAUGAUAGCAGUGAGUCAACAGCUCUGAAUGCUGGCCCAACACAGAACUAUGUACUGGACAAUGCUGCCCAACUUUCCGAGACACUUCGUAAGCUCCUCCUUCAGCUCACCACUAAUCACAUUUCUGAGGAUAGCAAAGUUAUUAACUACAAAGAACUGAAGGACAGUGAAGGCUUUAAAGAAUAUGUCAAGCUGUCACAAGAAUUGCAGCGGGUCCCAGUUGAGAAAUUGGACCAGGAUGGACGGAAAGCAUUCUUCAUCAAUGUGUAUAAUGCACUCGUAAUUCACUCCACAGUAGAAAAUGGACCUCCCUCCAACUGGCUUUCCAGGAUAAAGUUUUUUGACAAGACAUCGUAUAUUAUUGGUGGCCACAGCUAUAGCUUGAAUGACAUUGAAAAUGGUGUGCUGCGUGCGAAUAAACGUGGACCUGUCCAACUUUUUCCUCCCUUUGGGAAAUCAGAUCCUCGAAGGGUGAUCUACCUCAUUCAGGUAGAUCCGAGGAUUCAUUUUGCUCUGAACUGUGGAGCAAGAAGUUGUCCUCCCAUCAAAACUUUCAGUGCCGAGAAUAUCAAUGAGGAGUUACAAGUAGCUACACAAGCUUAUCUUGAGACAGAUGAGGCUCUUUGGGUAGAUGAGGAACACAGUAUUGUUCAUCUAUCCUCACUACUUCGCUGGUAUUCUUCUGACUUUGGAGAUAAUACUGAAGAUGUUCUCAUGUGGGUAUUUCGUAAUGUAGCUGUUCCCAAGAAGAAAGAAGCUCUAGGGAAGGUAAUCAACUCCAAGAAAUAUAAAGUGACUUAUAUUUCAUAUGACUGGAGCACAAAUGCUAGUGAGUAAUUAGAUAUUUAUCCUUUCUCCUCAUUCAUGACAUUGGAUAGUUGAGUAUUGAACACUUCAAUGUUCUAGUAAGUUUCACAUUUUAGGAAUGAGAAAUUGAAUGGGAAAAAUUAAGAAAUCAGUUGUAGGAUCUCAGGUGACAUAACUAUAAGCACUAGCUGAAAUCUGACAUAUAAAUCUCUGCAUGAGAGAAUUAAUCUCUCAGUGCAGAAAGUUGAGAAUUAAAUAGCUUUUUUUCUCUGAGGCAGGUAUGUGGAAGAACUGCACCAUAUACAGUAUGAGAAUAUUUAAUACAGAAACCUAACUUAAGAAAUUUGUUAGCAGAAAAGUAGUGCCUAAAUUUCAACAAAUUUGCAAAACUUCUUAGAUGCAAAUUUUGGUGGUUGAACAAGUGUGGAUUUUCUGCAAGAUUUUUAUUUUCAAAUUAAACAUUUUCUAAAGUAUUACAUUUUCCAAAGUAUUAUGAUGGUGAAACAGCAUUACUAUAUUACACCAAGAAAGAAGAAUGUACAGUGCACAUUGAAUAAUAUCUAACAUCACUGUAAGUGCUCCAAAGUUUUUGAUGCACAUAUUGUCCAAUAAUGUUCCAUGCUCGUCUCUGUUUUUAAGCAUUAAACUGUCAAAAAAAUUAACAAGGUAGUUUAUGGAUUGCAGUGCUGCUUUGUAUGAUCACUUUAUUUUAGUUACAUUUCAUAAAUUAUGUAUAUAUAUUUUUAUGUCAAGCUUAAUAAAACUAAUUACCUAAAUAAUAA